CGGCUGAAAGAAAAAGACAGAAAAAAAAAAAAAGAGAUAAAAGCUAAAUAGGUUAGGUUACAACUUACAAGUUACAAAUGUUACAAUUGUCAUUUGUCGCCUGCUUUUAUUAUACACACAAAAUAAUAAAUAAAAACAAGAUGAUACUGAGACCAUCAUUGUUUAAAACGAUUCAAAAUGUUGGAUUGUUAAAAACAAAUUACAGCACAAAGCCAAAAGAACUUGUUUUUUUUAUGAAUGACAUGGUUGUUGCCUGGCAUCCACCACGUAAAUUUCCUUAUGAAUUUACAAAACCAUUGCCAAAAGUUGAAGCUCAACCAGAUGGUGUUUUAAAAGUUGAUACAAAUAAUGCACAUAAAGCAUUUAAAAGUGAACCACCAAGAGCAAUUAUUGCUGAUGAACUUGCUGCUUUGACAUAUACAACAAAACAUAUUUGGUUCCCAAGAGCUAGAGACAAGAAAAAUAAAAAAACACCACCAAACAGACCUUAUUUGUAAAUGAAAUAAUAAUAAUAAUAAUAAUAAUAAAUAAACUGUUGUUGUAAGCAU